AGGAGCUCUGGAAAUCAAUGCCAUACAUAUAUACAAAUCAAUAUUCAAAAUUUUUGAGUAAUUGAAGAAAGUUUUUCGAUAGUAUAUUUCGUUUGUAUCGAGUGUCAUUCGAUGUGGAAUUUAAAGCGUGGCCUUGCGGCAGCUGCCACAUGUCGUUUCCCGCGUUUUGUCCCAAAAAUAAAUGAUUUAAGCCAGAUAAGUAGCCAUGCCCCUUUUUACCCGCCCACUCCGCCAAGUACCCAAUAUGCGGGGAGUGCGGGUGCCAAGAGGCAAUGCAGAAACUACCUAAACUUGACCAGAGAUCAACCCGAGCUGGCGAAGCUGUACGACCGGGUAUGCAAGACCGAUCACAGACCGGCCCUUAAAGUUAAUUUUCUCAGGAAAUGUGAUCUCGAUCGAAAUCACGAGAAUCCACGGCAAAAAAGUGGACGUACUACAAUGAUAUCUUCAAAGAGCUCCGUAUUUUCAAACGAGUCUAAAAAUCCCAUUCACAAGAGCUCCGUGUCUUCAAACCAAAAGAGCUCCGUGUUUUCAAACGCGUCGAAAAAUUCCAUUCGCAAGAGCUCUAUGUUUUCAAAUGCGUCUAAAAGUUCCGUGUUGAGAAACUCAAAGAGUGGACAAAUCAAAAAGAACAAAAGUAAAUUGAAAAUACCAGGACCUGAAACUUUGUCAAUGGACUCAUCGGAUCUCUAUUUUGCCAAUCCGCCGAGAUUCAAACUUCUUGCUAAACGAUUGAUGGCCUUCGGACUCGGAAUGCGUAAAGCGGCUUCUGAUAUUCCAAAGACCCCUUCGCCCUAUAUUAAUGUUUUGAAAUCUCCAAUAACAGUAAGCCCUGAUUUAGAACCGUAUUUUAGUCCCAACGAGAGUCCUGAAGGGGUGCGGAAAGUCGAAAGCCAGCAAUGGGAAGACAAGUGGGACGAUUGGCAACCGAUCGUUCAGAGUAAAUCUCUACCAAAGUCACAGAGUAAAUCACAGUUUAGUUCAAACGUAUCCGAUAAUUCAAAGCCGGAAUUGGAAGCCCUUGUUUCCAUUUAUAGCUAUAAUUUUGAUCCCAUCGACGUGAAGAAUCACAGAAAGGAAUUCACGCACUUUUAUUCCCCCGAAUUCACAGAUUUUGAAGAAUCUGGGCCCAAAAGUUGGCCCACAUUGGAGCCAAAGAAAGUAGAACCUAGGUCGAAGAUUAGAAAGGUUUCAAAGCCAAGGGAUCGCCGGUUGGCAAGAAAACUGCUGAGAAGAAAGUUCAGCAAGGCCGUUUCUUGCCAAACGGAUAUCUCUUCGAAAGUUUUUUAUAAAUAUCAUACCUACGUCUGCAAGAUGCCAAGUAGAUUCGGAAAAUCCCGCAAAGGAAAACGCAGGAGAUUUAGAAGGGCAGUGGCCUGUCAAACAGAACGUCUUUGGAAGAACUGUGUGCUCUGUCACCAAUUGCGGGAGGACGAAGAGCCCGAGAAGCCCUUUCUAAUCGAAAUGAGGAAACGUCAAGCCCGCGAUGAGCUUCAGCAGUACUAUCUUCGGAUGAAUCGUUCAAAGUUUUUACCAUCUUUCAAUCCAACUCCAGAAAAGUCGUCGCCUUCGGUAAAAAGUGUGGAGUUAAAAGCUUCUUCGGAGGACAUCGAACUGCCCCUUCCGAAGCCACAAAAAAAUUCUAAAAAACUUUUACAGAAAAUGCAACUGGAACUGCAUCAGUGCCUGGCAGUUCUGGCUCUUUGUGACCAUAUUGUCGAUGAACAGUUGAGAAGGUGCCGAGCAGAAAAUGAGAGUGACUUCCGAGCCGAAAGUAGAGGAUCCUAAACAAGAGGUUACUAGACAAGUAGCUGCAAUCAAGUAGGCUUU